CGCCGACGGGCAGCAUCGGUUCAAGAGGAGUAAGGACCGAUAUGAGUGGGUGCACGAUCGGAUGGCGGAGCAGGGGUUUCCGCACAGGUCGGCGGAGUCGUAAGAAGUGGCAGGGCAUGCUGGCAGCAGCGAAGUUGAUUCUCGACAAGUGUGAGAAUGCUUCGAGGAAACCUUCAUACUGUGACAUGACCGUUGAGGAGCGGAAGGCGGAGCAGGUGCCACUAGGCUUUGAGAAAGCUGUGUGGGAAGCGGUGGAGUGGAAACUCAAUCGGCCAUCCAUCAAGUGUGACAAGACGCUGGCGUCCGAGAACGUGCGAGGUAACGCGGGGGGGAAUUCAACGAGCGGCGGUCCAGCGCAGCCGUCGUCAGGGAGGAGUGCUUCUCACGACAAAGCAACGGAGGAUUCAGACCAAGCAGCGAAGACCCGGAGGACGAACACCAACAAAACCAGGAUGGACGACACGAUCAGCAGUGGGACAGCAUUGGGUAGGGCGAUGGAGGACGCGACACGGUUGUACGGCGAGGGUUUGGAUAAGGCCGCUGCCACUCUGGCGAAGGCAACGUCGGAGGCAGGCUCAACGAUUGCGGCGAAGAUCGGUGACGUGGCAGAUGCCAUGCGUGGCGGAACACUGUCCUUGAGAUGGUCGUGGGGGUUCUCGCGAGGCGCGGAGAUCAGGAAUGUGACGUGGCAAUCGCCGGUGGCGGCGACGACGUCGACGGGGGUUGCGUGCCGGCCCGUCACCCUCACUGUCGCUACUGUGGUUCAACAGGUCCGGGUCGAUCUCCACCCUGUGCUCAAUCAUGAGGUUGUGUAGUAUGCACACAACCAAUUAUUCCUUGCGCAGCGUCUCCAAGUUCGCAAUGUGAGUGCGGAUGAAGUUCCUCCAUACGGUCUCCAAACGU